AUGGCCCCCAUUCCUCAGUCGCCGGGCAGCGGCUACGUGCCAGCUCUGACUCCGGGCGUGCCCGACGCGCCGCACUCGUCGGACGAGAAGAUGAGCGUCGGCGAGUACCUCAAGUCGCGCGUGACGACACUCAAGCCGACCAUGGCGCAGGUCGAGAACCCGUUCAAGGUGCUCGGGCUGCUCAACCGGCUGCAGUGGAUGCAGUUCCUGGUGGCCUUCAUCGCGUGGUCCUGGGACGCCUUCGACUUCUUCACCGUCUCGAUGACCAUCGAGGAGCUGGCCGAGGAGUUCGGCAAGACCAAGACGGACAUCACGUGGGGCAUCACGCUCGUUCUCAUGCUGCGAUCGGUCGGCUCGAUCACGUUCGGUAUCGCUUCGGACCGCUGGGGAAGGAAGUGGCCGUUUGUCGUAAACAACAUUCUCUUCAUCGUGCUGGAGCUGAUGACGGGCUUCUGCAACACCUACACGCAGUUCCUGUGGGUGCGCGCGUUCUUCGGCAUCGCCAUGGGCGGCCUGUACGGCAACGUGGCCGCCACGGCGCUCGAGGACUGUCCCCCGCGGGCGCGCGGCAUCAUCUCCGGCAUGAUGCAGCAGGGCUACGCCUUCGGCUACCUGCUUGCCGUCGUGUUCGCCCGCGCGCUGGUCAACACGACGAGCCACGGCUGGCGCCCGCUCUUCUGGUUCGGAGCCUGCCCGCCCGUGCUGAUCAUCAUCGCGCGUCUGUACCUGCCCGAGACCAAGGUGUACCAGGAGCGCCAGGCCGUGCGCGAAGCCUCGCCCAACGUCACCAAGGCCUUCCUCGACGAGGGCAAGGUCGCGUUCAAGCGUCACUGGAUGCUGCUGACUUACCUCGUGCUGCUCAUGGCCGGCUUCAACUUCAUGUCUCACGGCUCGCAGGACCUGUACCCGACAAUGCUCAAGAAUCAGUUCGAGUUCACGGCUGACGAGGUCACCGUGACGCAGGUCGUGGCCAACCUCGGCGCCAUCACGGGCGGCACCCUGGUCGGCUACUACUCGCAAGUCUUCGGCCGCCGUCUCAGCAUCAUCGUCAUGGCCGUCAUCGGCGCCGCGCUGCUGUACCCGUACAGCUACACGAGCGACACCAAAAUCAUGAUCGCGGCCUUCUUCGAGCAGUUCUGCGUGCAGGGAGCGUGGGGCGUCGUCCCGAUUCACCUCAUGGAGCUGUCGCCGCCGUCGUACAGCACGCUUAUCGUCGGAACUUCCUACCAGCUGGGUAACCUCAUUUCGUCGGCGUCGUCGACGAUCGAGGCGCGUCUCGGUGAGAACUACCCGCUGCCGCCGACCGCCGAGGGCACGAGCCGCUAUGAGUACGGAAAGGUCAUCUGCAUCUUCAUGGCCGUCGUGUACGCCUACCUGGUCCUUCUCACGUUCCUCGGCCCCGAGGCGCGCGGCAAGGAGUUCGACGUCGCCCAUGACAGCGACCUGGAGGAGGCGGCGCACGUGAACAAGGAGGACCUCGACAAAAUCCUGCACAACGACGUCGAGCACGACAAGACCGUCAAGGGUGGUUGA